CACGCAUGUGUGUUCCACGCUCGGCCGCAGAAGUUCCGUUCUGCGUCUCGUCUCGUGCGGACGCGCGACCGCACUUUGAGCCAGCUGCGAAAAUUGCCGAGAGCUCGCGAAUUCUUCGGUUGAGUCACGUGAACGCGAUUUCGAAACACCUAAUCAGCUCGCUGAUAGGGAUUUCCGCGACGAUUUCCGCGUACCUCGACUGACGCAGAACCAGCUGAGUACCACUGACCGGCUGACAUGUCGGUGUUCGCCUGUUGCAUCCGUCGGGUGAGUUUCAUCUUCCCAUUGGAUGCUUGUCGCACAAAAAUCGGCGAACAGUAAUAUUUCUAUCGAGCUGUAAAAAUCGAUAAAUAAUCAUCGACGAAUGGAGGACGCUAGGCAGCAAGCGUUGCUGAAGGAGGCGCCGGAGAUAUCCUGGGAGAACACGUUGGGAGCGCCCAACGGCGUGCCUUUUGAUGAGGACACGAAGGAACUGCUGAGGAAAUGCCUGGAGGUCUCUGCACCGACGCCCACGACCCUGGCACAGAUCAUCAAGCGAAGCGAGGCCUUCCCUAUAAAUUUCCCAAUUAAAACGACUAGGUGCUCUACUUUGAGGGACAGAGGAAUUGCCACAGAUAUACUCGAGAUGAACGCGAACUCGGUUUAUCCGUUGAUACACGAGGCGAUGCUGCCAUUGCUCGCGCGAUGGCUGAAGCACAAACAAUUGUACGGGAGCGCCAUAGAAAGGGCGGUGUACAAGGAUAUGGGAUUGAUACAGUUUAUUCACCGUUUAUUGGAGAAGCGAGCGGUGCACUUCUAUGGACCCGACGAUCGAUGGAAACUCAUCGAUGGAAAGACUGGAGUCGAUGGAUGGGAAAACGUUGGUACCGACCACGAAAAGGAACCCUUGGUCCUGACGAAAUGCUUGUCCUACGACGAGAUCAAGUUGUCCGCGAUGUUAGCGAUGUCCUCUCACACCGAAUUCAUAAACGACGGCUCGCGAGAGAACAGAGGCGUCGUGAGUACCGAUCCAGACUCCAUUCAGCCGCGAGGAGUCAUUAUAGGUGUCGUGGGAACAAGAUUCGAACGACAACGCGUCAUGGACUACCAAGACAUUCUUAUUACACCUUUACAAAACACCGUGGAUAAUGGUUAUGGACCUCCCAACUCCGGCAAUUCAGAGGAGCAACGAGGAUUGCGUGCGUUAUGGGCAAAAUUUUACGGUGAAGAUUACCACCCGCUUUAUGACGAAGCCGUGAAGCGUGUGAAGUCGAAGGAUAAUAAGAGAUAUCUCUCGCUGUCUAGUCAGACUAUCUUCGACGUCGAGAACUACAUGAAAAGGACCCUUGUGACUGUGGAGAUUAUUCUACUCGAAGCGAACACACGCGCCGAAAAACAGAAUACGACUGCCUUCAUACAUAUUAUAGGAUUUGGUCUCGGUGUUUGGAGUAUAAUGCAGGACCAAGAAAUAUACUUCCUGAAAACCUUCGAAAUCGCGAUCAAGAAGAUGAACAAAAAGCUGAGAUAUGUCUCGGACAUAAUGUUCGCGUAUUUCACCCAACAGAAAUGCGGCGACAUUGGGAACGGCGACUAUCUCGGAGAUAUAAAGAUACAUUUCGCUCUUAGGGAGCCGCACGCCCGGUUAUUCAGAGCAACGGACGCGAACAAGCUUCUAGUGGUGACGUACGCGUGGGAUGGUAACGCGCUGCCAGGGAACGAAUUCUGGAGCGGAUUCCUUUCGUCGAGCGGUGACCCUGCCGCGGCGUGCAGCAGCCAAGUGGCUGAGCUGCACACAUCCAGAAUUAAUCCCCGAGCUUGCGGCGCCAGCUUGCACGUGGCCUCCGCUGAACAUGGUAUUUUACACAUAUCGGAUUACGCGAAACUACACCUCACUUAGGAGCGGGCUGGCCCGUUGGGCACCACUGGUCAGCGAAGACCCUCACGAUCUCCUCGUAGUCAGAGGAGCCGUAGCGCGGACGUUGAUUGUCUGAAAAAGUACACGGAAAGACGAGUGGAAGAAAGGAGGCAUACAGACAUCGUGGAC